GGCGGCUAUGAAGAGACAUCUGUGGAAAGUCUGUUGAAGUCCUUUUUCCACUAAAAGACAAAGCAACUGGACCUAAAUAUCCCAGUUGUAACUGUGAAUAUUUCAGCAUCUCUGCAGGUAAAAUGAGAACCUUGAGGUUGUUUUUCAUUGGGCUCAUCUUCAUCAUGGACAUGUCCCUUUCGGUAAGUGCUCAUUACAAGGAACUAUGUCUAAGGUCUACUCUUUCUCAUGUUUGGUUGAUUUUGAUAUUGGCCAACUGUAGCCUACUGCAAGGGAACCAAGAUCUUUAUGUUACUUCUACUACUUGCUAUACUGUGUGUGUGUGUGUGUGUGUGUGUGUGUGUGUGUGUGUGUGUGUGUGUGUGUGUGUGUACAUGCAUACCAUAUGUACAUACACUGAGUGUACAAAACAUUAGGAACACCUUCCUAAUACUGAGUUGCACCCCCUUUUGCCCUCAGAACAGCCUCAAUUCGUCAUGGACUCUACAAGGUGUCGAAAGCGUUCCAUAGGGAUGCUAGCCCAUGUUGACUCCAAUGCUUCCCACAGAUGUGUAAAGUUGGCUGGAUGUCCUUUGGGUGGUGGACCAUUCUUGAUACACAUGGGAAACUGUUGAGUGUGAAAAACCCAGCAGCAUUGCAGUUCUUGACACACUCAAACCUGUGCACCUGGCACCUACUACCAUACCCCGUUCAAAGGCACUUAAAUAUUUUGUCUUGCCCAUUCACCCUCUGACCAACUGUCACAUACAUUGGGAUGUACUGCGUGUGUACUGUGCUGUACCUGUGUCUUGAGUGAACAGGCUGAAGCAGCGUGCUCUGUGUGGUUCAUCAUGGCUUCACUGUAACUAAAGGCUGUAAGGGCUGCGCAGGUCGAAUGGGCUGCAGGGAAAUCUGUGACUCCCAGGUAACUCGUCACACUGGACACAGAGGUGCUGCUGCCUACAUACAGAAUUGAAAAUCACUGGCCACUUUAAUAAAUGGAACACUAGUCACUUUAAUAAUGCCACUUUAAUAAUGUUUACAUAUCUUGCAUUACUCGUCUCAUAUGUAUAUACUGUAUUCUAUACUAUCUAUGCAUCUUAGCCUAUGUCGCUCUGACAAUGACAUUGCUCAUCCAUAUAUUUAUAUAUUCUUCUUCCAUUCCCUUACUUAGAUUUGUGUGUAUUAGAUAUUUGUUGUGGAACUGUUAGAUAUUACUUGCUAGAUAUUACUGCAGUGUCGGAACUAGAAGCACAAGCAUUUCGCUACACUCGCAAUAACAUCUGCUAACCAUGCAUAUGUGACCAAUCAAUUUGAUUUGAUUUGAUUUGAUUUUGAAUGCACACAUUCACAAUCCAUGUCUCAAUUGUGUCAAGACUUAAAAAUCCUUCUUUAACCUGUCUCCUCCCCUUCAUCUACACUGAUUGAAGUGGAUUUAACAAGUGACAUCAAUAAGGGAUCAUAGCUUUCACCUGGAUUCACCUGGUCAGUCCAUGUCCUAAUGUUUUGUCCACUCAGUGUAUACAGUACCAGUUAAAAGUUUGGACACACCUACUCAUUCCAGGGUUUUUCUUUAUUUUUUAAACUAUUUUCUACAUUGUAGAAUAAUAGUGAAGACAUCAAAACUAUGAAACAACACAUAUGGAAUCAUGUAGUAACCAAAAAAGUGUUAAACAAAUCAAAAUAUAUUUGCUAUUUGAGAUUCUUCAAAGUAGCCACACUUUGCCUUGAUGACAGCUUUGCACACUCUUGACAUUCUCUCAACCAGCUUCACCUGGAAUGCUUUUCCAACAGUCUUGAAGGAGUUCCCACAUAUGCUUUUCCUUCACUCUGCGGUCCAACUCAUCCCAAACCAUCUCAAUUGGGUUGAGGUCGGGUGAUUGUGGAGGCCAGGUCAUCUGAUGCAGCACUCCAUCACUCUCCUUCUUGGUCAAAUAGCCCUUACACAGCCUGUAGGUGUGUUGGGUAAUUGUCCUGUUGAAAAACAAAUUAUAGUCCCACUAAGCGCAAACCAGAUGGGCUGGCAUAUCGCUGCAGAAUGCUGUGGUAGUCAUGCUGGUUAAGUGUGCCUUGAAUUCUAAAUAAAUCACAGACAGUGUCACCAGCAAUGCAUCCCCACACCAUCACACCUCCUCCUCCAUGCUUUACAGUGGGAACCACACAUGCGGAGAUCAUCCGUUCACCUACUCUGCGUCUCACAAAGACAAGGCAGUUGGAACCAAAAAUCUCACAUUUGUACUCAUCAGACCAAAGGACAGAUUUCCACCGGUCUAAUGUCCAUUGCUCGUGUUUCUUGGCCCAAGCAAGUCUCUUCUUCUUAUUGGUGUCCUUUAGUUGUGGUUUCUUUGCAGCAAUUUGACAUGAAGGCCUGAUUCACGCAGUAUCCUCUGAACAGUUGAUGUUGAGAUGUGUCUGUUACUUGAACUCUGUGAAGCAUUUAUUUGGGCUGCAAUUUCUGAGGUUGGUAACUCUAAUGAACAUAUCCUCUGCAGCAGAGGUAACUUUGGGUCUUCCUUUCCUGUGGCGUUCCUCAUGAGAGCCAGUUUCAUCAUAGCGCUUGAUGGUUUUUGCGACUGCACUUGAAGAAACUUUCAAAGUUCUUGACAUUUUCUGGAUUGACUGACCUUCAUGUGUUAAAGUAAUGAUGGACUGUCGUUUCUCUUUGCUUAUUUGAGCUGUUCUUGCCAUAAUAUGGACUUGGUCUUUUACCAAAUAGGGCUAUCUUCUGUAUACCACGUCUACCUUGUCACAACAAAACUGAUUGGCUCAAACACAUUAAGAAAUCAAUUAACUUUUAACAAGGCACAUCUGUUAAUUGAAAUGCAUUCCAGAUGACUACCUCAUGAAGCUGGUUGAGAGAAUGCCAAGAGUGUGCAAAGCUGUCAUGAAGUCAAAGGGUGGCUAGUUUGAUUUGUUUACCACUUUUUUGGUUACUACAUGAUUCCAUAUGUGUUAUUUCAUCGUUUUGAUGUCUUCACUAUUAUUCUACAAUGUAGAAAAUAGUUUACAAAUUAAAGAAAAACCAUGGAAUAGGUAGGUGUGUCCAAACUUUUGACUGGUAGUGUAUGUGUGUGUAGUCUUCAGAUGAAUGCCAGCAGGAGACAGUACGGCUGCGGGCCCAGCUGAAGACUCUGGAGGUGCAGUUGAUGAAACAGCAGCAGCAGCUCAUCCAGACUCUCGGCAGCCAGAGGACUGAGCAGCUGGCUUUAGACCAGGACACCUUCCAUGACCUGGGAGAUCAUCAGUAUAGAGGUCAAUAAUCGUUUUUUAUCCUUUUAUUUCUAGUAUGGAGUGGCCAGUAAGGGCACAAAUGGAUUCCAUAAUUUAUAGUUUCAAACCAUCAAAUUUGUGAAGUAAACAUCCAUAACCUCAUCAGUAACCUGUUUUCAGACUGUGCCCAGAUUUUCAACGCUGGGAACAAAGGCAGUGGGUUCUACACGAUCAGACCCAUGGCGAGCCCGGGCCUAGUCAGGGUCUACUGUGACAUGACUGAAGGGGGCGGAUGGACAGUCAUCCAGAGACGCUCAGAUGGCAGCCAGUCUUUCAACAGGUAAAACACAUUCAAAUACGAUUCAGAUGUUAUGUAAUAAUGAGAUUACAGUAACAUUCUUCUGUAUGUGAAUGAGUAAUGUGUUGUAUUCAUAUCUGAUUUGUAUGCAGGCCCUGGAGUGAUUAUCAGCGGGGGUUUGGUGACCUGCAGUCAGCCAGAGGAGAGUUCUGGUUGGGGAAUGACAACUUACAUUACCUAACUUCACAAGGUAAAUGUGAGCUCUUACAACGUCUGAAAAGUCAAGACAAACAGUGAGAGAGUCACAGUGAGAUGAGGUAUAGAGUUUCGACUAAAGGCUACCAUCACCCCUUGGCUUUAGGUGACUACAAUCUGAGGAUCAACUUAGCUGACUUUGAGGGAGUACAACGCUAUGCAGUGUACAAAAACUUCAAAGUUGCAGAUGACAAGGUGUUGUAUUCUGUGGUUUUCAUUUUUACACCUCUGCUCAACAAGUGUCCAUAUGGAAUGAUGACGAUGUUGUCUUUGGGUGAUGUUUCAAUCUAUCCGUGUUAGUGGGUCAUUGGGAAGAUCUCAGUUGCACACUCCUCGCGUCCUUUCUCCCUUCUCCUCGUCUCCUUCUCAAAACCUAUUGGAUGAGAAAGCCAGUGGUCCCUCUCCUCUGACCUUCUCCUCCAAUGGGUUUUGAGGAGACAAGGAGAGAGGGUGUGAGUAGGAUUAAAUUGAGAUCUUCCCAUGGUCUAGAUCAGGGGUAUUCAACUCUUACCCUACGAGGUCCAGAGCCUGCUGGUUUUCUGUUCUACCUGAUAAUUAAUUGCACACACCCAGGAACAAUGAAAAAAUGCAGUGGAACUGGCUUCAUGGUCCAGAGUUGAGUUUGAGGGGUCUAGAUGGACAACUCAUCUGUUGUUUCCUUUAGAAAAAAGGAAAGGAAACAACAGAUCAAAGGUUAAACAAACAAGAGGAGGACAAUCUCUUUAUCAAUAUGUCAAUUGUAGGAAAAACACAAAAUAGUACGAUGCAACUCAUUCCUCCCUCACAGAGUUUUACUUCCCAUCCACUUAUUACAGUUGCACAGUAGGCUUUUUUUUGGGUUUGCAUUAGCUCACUAUAUUCCCAUGAUGUUUAUCCCCAGGAGUUUUACCAGCUGCAUUUUGGUGAGUUCUCUGGUGACUCAGGUGACUCUCUGUCAGGCAGUUACCACCCACAGGACCAGGGGUGGGCCAGUCACCAGGGCAUGAAGUUCAGCACCUACGACAAAGACAACGACCGCUACGAACGCAACUGUGCCCAGGAGGACAAGGGAGGCUGGUGGUUCAACAGGUUCCUUAUUUUCUCUGUCUGUCAAUGGUCUAGGCUACUAAAAGGGCUAAUUCUCUCUCUAAUCUACAACCAUUCGAAGAAUACAUCAUUUGACAUUAUGACAAAUAAAAUACACUUUAUGAUUAUUUCUUUAUCCUAAUUCUUGCUGUUCUGUUUUGUUUCCACUAGAUGUCACUCUGCCAACCUGAAUGGCAACUACUACCAAGGUGCCUACAGUGCUGUGACAGACAGUGGAGUAGUCUGGUACACCUGGCAUGGCUGGUGGUACUCCCUCAAGUCUGUAGUCAUGAAAAUAAGGCCGGCUGCUUUUGAGCCCAAUAUUGUCUGA